GGGCUGUUUGAAAAUCUUUCAGGAAGUGUAUCCGCUUUGACGCGGACGUAAACAAACGUAGCUUAGCGAUCUAAACCCCGCUGUGACUAUAGAGAAAUUGUACUGUAGUACAAUGUGUUUCUCUGCCGCCUAGAUCUAGAACGAUCUGAUAUCCGGUAACAGGAUCUGGCGUUUUGUUAGGAGCUUUACUUGAGAAGAUCUCAACUCAACAAUGUCUACUUCAAAUUUCAAGAAUAAGUGCGUGACGCAAGUCAACUGUAUAUACUGUGACAGUCUGCUGUGCAUGAGAGGAAUGAAAGCAGUACUUUUGGCUGAUACGGAAAUAGAGUUGUUCUCAACCGACAUACCACCAAAUAGGACAGUUGAUUUUGUGGCAAGCUACUAUUCCACUGAAAGCUGCAAAUGCAAGUUAAGAGACAUUGCUUGUUUGAAAUGUGGGAAUGUUGUGGGAUAUCACGUGGUGGCCCCAUGCAAGCCCUGCUUGCUGUCCUGCAACAAUGGUCAUUUCUGGAUGUUCAACAGUGAGGCUGUGUCCACCAUCAAUAGACUGGAUGCAACAGGGCAGAACUUGCUGCUGUGGGGAGAUCUUCCAGAACUGGAGGGCAGUGAUGACGAGAGUCUGGACAGUCUCUCAGAAGAAGAGUACCUCAGAUAGAAACACACACAUCCAAAGGAAGUAGACUGAUGGUAGCGAACUAGUUUACUUUCACUCACACAAGUCUCCGUUUAAAGCACAUUGUCUUGUCUUUAGCUGACUGGGAAUAGGCAAGAGAAAAAAAAGUCUUAUCAUCCCGGCUUGAUUUACAUGCAUUUUCUUUCUGCAUCUCCUCAGAUUCGUUUCAGUAUGUCAGAGUGCCACUACCAAAGAGAUGUUUCUGUUUUCUUUGCAUUACGGUUGCAGUAGCACAAAACAUGAUGAUUGGAUUUAAAGAUUUAGGAUGUUAUCCUCAUAUAUCUUUAUACAACAUGGAUCAGACUGUUUAAGAAGAUUAACAGUAGUGUUACUUUGAGGUGUUAAUACAGGUUGUUUACUCCGGUACUAAUGCAGUUUUGUGAGGCAACCAGAUAGAUAGAUAGAUAGAUAGAUACAAUCUUGCAAAAUCAAAUGCUGGUUCCUCAAGUCUAUGUGGUUUUAUAGGAAGGAAAUGAAUGACUGACAUUUACCAUGUUUUAAUGGUUUACCAGUAUAUAUGUCAAUUUCAAUUGAAUGUCACAGAAAGUCCCCUGAAGAUGGAUAUCAAUUGGGAUAUUUAUUCUAAACAAGGUUCAUCCCUGCAUAAUAUUUUUUGUAUUUAGAUUUUGCUCUUUUUUUAUGGCUUUGACAUUUGAAGUGGCACAAAAUGACUUGGCAGCUUUGAGUAGAGUAGUUAGGUCUCAACUCGGUGACAUUUGGCAUUUCAACAACUUUAAUUUAACAUUAUGGUACUUUGCUUGGUCCACUCUUUUCAAUUGAAACUCUGUUUCAUGAAAUAGUAGUUUAACAUAUGUACUUUCUGUACUCCGGUUAAGUUUGCCACCAGGGCAAUCAUGAAAAACAACAGAAAAUAAAUCUGCAUUUAAUUACUAUAAAUUCUGCAUGACACUGUGUGACAAACUGGACAAAGCAUUUUUAAGCUUUUUCAUUUUUUUUUUUCUCAUGGAGGUAACAAAAUGAUUUGCAUCCUCUUCCAUUUCUUUUGAUUUAUAAAGACAUGAUAUAUUCAUUCAGUAGCAGUUUUUCCACAAUCCUGUUUACCAUUUCACUGUGUAAUGAUAUGAUUUUCACAGAUCAUUAAAAAAAAAAGAAGGCUAUAAUGCCCCACUGUAAACGUCUUAGUGCAAAAUUUACACCAUGUUGCAUUUUAAGUAAAAAUAACAGCAACAAGAGUAAACAACCACUAUUGUGAUAGCUUUCAGGUGUAGCAGUUUUAGGGGUUGGCUCUUUUAUGCCUUGAAGUGAUAUUUAGUAUGCAUCUAUGACCAAAAUGAAACAGCGAAAAAAUAUGUUUUGCAUUUUAACUUAUUAACAGAGGAUUUAUUUGAUUAUCUAUGUUAUGAAUGUAUUUAUUAACAGACAUGAUACUGUAUUUAUACUGACGUGAUUUCAUUUGCGCCAUGUGAGGAUGAGAAAAAAAAAAACAUUUGUAUACUUUUGAUCUGCACUGACAAUAUGUUGUUGGUUUAAACUUUGGGUUAUUUUGUAUGCUGAAUGUCUUGAUAUUAAAUUUUUAAUGUGGAUA